AUGGCACAGGCAAACCUAUCAGGAGAUACAGGGAAACAAACUGAGAUCCUUGCACAAUUACGAUGCGUGGCAGGUUGGACAGAUAAGAUUCACACACAGUUGAUACUUAUCUCAGCAUUCAACAUUUUCCUGUCCGUUACUGCAUUUCUUGGUAACACCUUUAUCCUAGUCGCCCUUUUCAAACAAUCUUCCCUUCAUCCACCGUCUAAACUCUUGUAUCGUUGUUUGGCAACAACUGAUCUUUGUGUCGGCCUUAUUACUGGGCCUAGUCACGUUGCUUAUUUGCUGUCACUGGUUGACCAGAACUUGGAUUUUUGCCGCUAUGCGCUGAGCAUGAGUUUCAUAGCAGGCUUCUCUCUGUCUUCAGUCUCUCUGCUAACAAUGACUGCAAUAAGUGUGGACAGACUUCUCGCCCUGUUGCUGGAGCUGAGAUACAGACAAGUUGUAACCAUGAAGCGAACAUGUGUGAUUGUAAUUAUGUUUUGGGUCGUGUCAAUAGUCACUGGGGCAUCGUACUUUUUUAAUCACCGCAUAGCCAUUUGGUAUAGUUAUAUUGUUAUACCACUGUGUCUUGCAACAGCAACGUUCUCGUACGCAAAAAUUUUCCACACUCUGUACCGUAGCCAUUAUCAAGUACACAUCCAUACCCUACAACAGCUGGGCCAACCACUGAACAUGGCGCGAUACAGAAAGGCAGUGUACAGUGCACUGUGGGUGCAGCUGGCACUCGUUGCUUGCUAUCUUCCAUACAACAUAGCGAGAUCGGUUCUUCCAAAGGGCGAACUUUCUCCACUGCAGUUUUUAGUCUGGGGAUAUACCGCGACCUUAGUUUACGUAAACUCGUCGCUCAAUCCUAUUCUUUACUGCUGGAAGAUAAAUGAAAUAAGACAAGCAGUGAAGGAGACAAUCACACAAGUACUUUGCUGUCCAUGGAGUUAG